UUCGAAAAAGAUCUUCAACAGAUUGAGAAAAGGUUAUCGGAACUAUUAACACCAGAUGAACGUUCGUCCUCCAGGGCUAUACUGGAAAGAAUAGGUCUGAAUGAUAUCGAGAGUUUUAUAACACAGGUAGAAGGGAAAACUGACGAAGUAAAAGAUUAUCAGCCAGUGGUUGCCGCAAUUUUAGAUCAAGCUUGUCAAGGAUUUAAUCUUAGUGUCUUACAUGAUACUCGUCGUGGCGGCAGAUCUGGUAAAGUCUAUGUCGAUGGACAUAUUGGCCAAACUGACGUCAUUAACAAUCUCAGACCUCUGUUGAAGUCGUUAACAGAAAUUCCAUAUCCCCAAACAUUCUCUUUCGCAGUCAAGAGUGACUUGCAAACUGAUUACAAACAUGCUCUGGGUCAAAUGGCUGAAGCUACGGCGUUGUUUUAUACUACCAGAGAUCGGCAACCAACGGAUAAUUAUACUCGACAUUAUACGUACUUUUCUAUUGCUAGCGAUGUACGAAGCUGGCUUAUAUUGAUGUCAUAUGUAGAUGUAGAUAAUAAUGAUAUCCACAUCAUCGAUUCAGGCAUCAAAAAAUGGGAAGACUUGAACCAUUAUAUAAUUCAAAUUUUAAUAUACCUUGACAAGCUAGAUUUGCGUGCCUCUGCUGAGGUUACAGAUAAUGUAUUUCAAGAUACAUUUCUGAUGCGUGUGGAAGCUAGUUAUGGCAGGCUUUACAAGGGCACUGUUCCU